GAUCUUUACUUUUCUUACAAAUUAACUGUGCAGUUCUGUGCAGGUCAGAAGACCGUGUUGCUCCAAAGUCCAGUGGCUUCUGACUGUUUCGUAGGAUACUAUUUCUUUCAUACUAAAUCUAACAGCCAAUCAAACUGCAUUAUACUAGAUCACUGGCUUCCCUGAGAACUAGAUUCCAAUUUCUACAUUUCAUUUGCAACACAGGCUUUUCUCAGAUUUACAAAAUAAACUCAAAAUAUUAUUACUUCCAUAGAAAUGGCUUCAACACACACACACACACACACACACACACACACACAUAUAUAUAUAUGUUGCUAUAUUUUUUACAACACAAGACAAUACAAAGGAUCUGCUAGACUUGCACUAAUCAUGUAGGCUACCAGGAGCUAUUAUUGUACAGGCUAUAUGUCCUAGUUUUAGUUUUAAUGUAGUUAAGAUGUUAAUUAUUUACGUUUUUUUUUUUUAUUUAUACCUAUUUUAUCGUUUUUUCUGGCUGCAAUUUUCCAUUUUGAUUAAUAAAGUAAUCUAUCUCUAUCUCUCAUUCAUUAAAUCCGGGUAGAAAGCACUGGAAUGCACGAAAGAAUCGUUGAGAGCUCUGCUGUCCGAGCUCUGACUGGGUCCCUGAAUGCAGCGCUGUUCCAGCGUACUAGUACAGCGGUGAGUGACAGUCCUGCCCCACGGUAGCUGCACCGCUCCUCUCCACUCCACACUACAGCAACAAGACCGGAGCCGAACAGGGCAGGGGUGUGAUGACAGACAGACAGACAGGCAGAGUGCAGCGGGAUGGCCACUGUUCCCUGUGAUAUGCAGUAAAUGGGAUUAAACCGCUCGGCCAGCGCUUGGAAACACUAGCAGCAGUAGUAGUAGUAGUGGAGAGUAGGGGGAGCUCCGCGCCGAGCUGCGCCGCAUGUGCUCGCCCGUGUGGAAAACUUGCGCCGGCCCGUCCGUCGCAGAGACAAACAACCAAAAAAGAGAGGAAAAACUAACCAUAGCUGCAAACAAACCCUGGUUCAGGUUUAAUCUCCGGGACUCGCAGCAGCAACCCUCUGCCUCCCCUCUCACAUGCCUGCGUUGAUGUGGGAGAGAGGGAGGGGAGCGGAGCCGGGGGAUGUUUGAAUUACCUCCCUAAACUUGCAGAAAUACAACAAGGGAAAUAAAAGAGAUCGCGUUUGUUUUUGUGUCGGAAUAAAGGAGAUAUCGGGGUGUCAUGGAGAGCCAAGCGGGCGAGCACCAGAGCUGCGAGGACGUGCGGAAGAGCGGCUACCUCCGCAAGCAGAAGUCCAUGCACCGGCGGUACUUCGUGCUCCGCGCCGCCUCGGAGCGCGGCCCGGCCCGCCUGGAGUACUACGAGAGCGAGAAGAAAUUCCGCGGCAAGGCCCCCAUCCCGAAGAAAGCCGUGGCGCUGGAGACGUGCUUCAACAUCAACAAGCGGGCCGACUCCAAGAACAAGCACAUGAUCGUGCUCUACACCCGGGCCGAGAGUUUCGCCAUCGCCGCGGAGAACGAGGCGGACCAGGACGAGUGGUACCAGGCCAUGGUGGACCUGCAGUGCAAAAGUAAGAACCCCACUGACAGCGGGGCUGCGGGAGACUAUGGAGUGCCCAAUCCCGGGCCUGCAUUCAAAGAGGUGUGGCAGGUAAAAGUGUGGCCCAAAGGCCUGGGUCAAGCCAAGAACUUGGUGGGCAUCUAUCGCCUUUGCCUGACUGACAAGACAGUCAACUUUGUCAAGCUCAACUCUGAUGCUGCUGCUGUGGUGCUGCAGCUAAUGAACGUGCGACGCUGUGGCCAUUCAGAAAACUUCUUCUUCGUUGAGGUGGGACGCUCUGCUGUGACAGGCCCGGGCGAGUUCUGGAUGCAGGUGGAUGAUUCGGUGGUGGCCCAGAACAUGCAUGAAACCUUGCUAGAGGCCAUGAAGGCACUGAGUGAGGAGUUUCGCCAACGCAGCAAGUCACAGUCGAACUCCGGCCCUGGAGGAGGUGCUACUGCUUCUAACCCCAUCAGUGUUCCAUCACGUCGCCACCACCCAAACCCUCCUCCCAGCCAGGUGGGCUUCACCCGUCGGCCCCGAACUGAGCCUCCUGGAGGAGUGAACGGUGGAGCAGGGGUCAGCAGUGCCAAUGCCUCUCCCACCCCACGGCAUAGCUUCCCAAGGUCUCGCACUGCCAGUGAUGGGGGGAAAGGUGAGGAAGGGAUAACAGGGACCACACCGCUCCAAGGACGGAGCUCCAGCCCCUCCACCAAUGGCUCCUGCUCCACCACCCCAAUCCUCAGGUCAAAGUCAGCCCGUUCAGCCCCCACAACAGCUGCUAAAACUCCUCUUGGGUUGAUGCGCUCCAUCUCCACCCCAGCACCCUCCCCAGCCCCAAGCCUCUCCUCUAGCUCUGGGCAUGGCUCUGAGUUUGGAGGCGUAACAUCCUCUGCUGGUGCUGGUCCGUCUGGUGCCUACAGUCGUGUCCCGUCCCAUCGCGUAUCUGUCUCAGGCUCCCCCAGUGACUAUGGCUCAUCAGACGAGUAUGGCUCUAGUCCUGGGGAUCACACGCUCCUCCCCUCCCCGAGCCUCCCUGGAAGCUCUAUUGGUAGCAUCGGCAGCCAGUCCCUUGGCGAGGAGGGAGCCAACUAUAUCCUAAUGGGCCAAUGUAGUGGUGGUGGCAGAGGUAGCAGCAGUAAUCAAGGGAGCUUGACAUCCAGCUCCCUGCCAGCACCAGGAACACCAGCCUGUGGCUCCCAGCCCCAGACCAGGAGAGUGCUGCGCCGCUCCUCCAGCCGCGAAUGUGAAGCUGAACGUAGGCUGCUGAGCAAGCGGGCUUCAUUACCUCCUAUGGCGCUGGAGAGGAUGGCCCCACGCCAGCGCAGAGCUGAGGAGCCAGCAGAUGAAGAUUCAGCUGACUAUGCCGUCAUGUCAAGGAGCACCAGCCGUGAGUCUUUUACUUCCACCUCCUCCUCCACACAGAGGGAAUCUGUCAUGGGUGCUGGGUCAGCAGGGGGAGGAGGAGGGUACUUGGAUGUGGCGGGUGAGUUCAAAAAUGAAGGGGGUGGAGGAGCAAGUGGUAGUGUAGAUUUAGGUGUGGACAAUGGGUACAUGUCCAUGCUGCCUGGUGUCACUCAGCCUCCAGUAUCCCUAUCCCAAUCACUGGCCGUCUCUGUGCCAGACGCAGAUUCCAAACCUGCUGAUGAUUACAUGGCCAUGACCCCUAACAACAGCGUGUCCCCUCCACAGCAGAUCCGGCCUCCACCAGCUUCUGAUGGCUAUAUGAUAAUGUCCCCUAAUAGCAGCUGCUCCCCUGACCAGCGGGUAGGUCUCUCUGGAGGGGCUUGGGUGGACAGUGGCAGUGCAGACAGCAGGGCAGGCAGUGACUAUAUGAACAUGUCUCCAAUCAGUGCACGUUCUGUAAAUGGCAGCCCCCCACCUCCUGAGCACACUGGUCAUUUGGAGACCAGUUCUCAUCAGCAAGCCCCUAAGAUGGUGUAUUCAUACUAUUCCCUUCCUCGUUCAUACAAACACAACCCUUCUGCUGGACACUUUGACGAUGGGCCCGGACGAGGCAGAAGGCCCAAUGGGAGUUGUAGUAGGGGAAUGGGUGGAGGAAGGACUAUGGGAGGGCGUGAGGAGCAACCAGCAGCGGGCAAUUCAGUGGUUGGACGCCACCUGUCACUCUCAUCUUCUUCCUACUCCUCCAGCUCAGCCAGCAGUGAGAGCCUCGGGGAGAGCGAGGAACGAGCUACCCAGUCAGUGAGCACCAUGGCUGGUGGAGCUCAGUCCAAAGAUGGGAGUAAGCUCCAGCAGAGACGGGGCUCUGGUGGAUUGUCCAAGCAGGGUAGCCAUACUAGAAGCAGACCAGUGAGCCUGUUUGUUGACGUAUCCAAGGCCAACACCCUUCCUAGGGUCCGGGAGAACCCCCUGCCCCCAGAACCUAAGAGCCCUGGGGAAUACGUAAGCAUUGAGUUUAAGGGGGAGAAGUGCAGCCAGACUGGGGUUGGUGGAGGGCGUGGCAGGGGUCUCAGACAUGGCUUAUCACUGCCUCAUGGCUCAAGCAGCAAGUAUCCUCAACACAGACCAACUUCUUGCUUAGGGAACUUUAUCCCCCUCUCCCGUAGCCCCUCUGCCCCCAUCACUCCCCCAGCUGCCUCUGAGUAUGUCAACAUGGACCUGGGCCCUUCUCCGUCCCCCUCACCCCUCUCCCUUACUUCACUAGUUUUCCCCUCUUUCCAUACCCCUCCCACGCCUCCAACUCUUGCUCAUGCCCCCAAAGCCUGUGAAGAGGGUACUACUGGCCCUCGUGAAGAGGGGGCCGAAGUGCCUGAGGCUCCACUUAGGAAAAGCAGAGAAAAUGUUCCAUCAGUGAGUGAGUCUGAGUCCCCAACAUCCUGUGGAGACUACACAGAGAUGGCCUUCAGCUUGAAUAGCAGCACCGUCCCUAGGUCAUCAUCCAGUGUCUCCCCCAAAGCCCCUUCCCCCACCAGGACUGAUCCUUCUGUUCCAGUGCUAUCACGGGGUCUAGACUUCCCCCUAGCAAAACCAGGAACCAACCCAGACCAUGGGGCUAAAGUUAUCCGGGCCGACCCCCAAGGACGCAGACGGCACUGCUCAGAAACCUUCCUUGCCUCGCCUUCCCUCCCCACCUCUACCUCUACUUCCUCUUCCACUGCCUCCCUCUUUCCAGAACAUGCCCAAGCUGUGGCCCGCCGGCUGGGCUUUGAAAGCAUGCUGUGGGGAAAUGGUGCUGUGACUGAUAACUCCACUCAGUUCGCCCUCCCUGGACAGCAGUCCAUUCCCACAAAUACUCAGACUUCGUCCACAGAGCAAGGCCUUAACUACAUAGACUUGGACUUGGCCAACAAAGAGAGCCCCCAUUUGGGCCUGGAUGGACCCUCAGGUAGUCCAGCCCCCUCUCGCCUCUUCUCUGUACUGGGUGGAGGUUCUGGGGUCGCGGGAGUGAGCCCAGCAGUCGGCAGCAGCAGCAGCUCCAGCCUCAACACUUACGCCAGCAUCGACUUCUACAAAUCAGAGGAGCUGCGGACGCAUCAGAAUGGAAACAAGGAGGGAACAGAUUCAGGAGAUAUUUCUUAUACAUAUAUGAUAAGCAGCAGAAGCCUUCUGCUCUGGAUGAGCCAUUGUUUUCCAAUGAGCUCUCACAAACAUCUCACCGCAACCAUUCAGACCUUCCAUUGAAGCAUUCUACUUCAUGUUUAAUAAAGAUGAACUUUGACCCUGUUUUCCUUUGACCUGUCAACCUAAGAUCCUCCAAUGUUACAUUAGUAGAAGAAAGCAAUGGAUGAGAAAAAUGAUUCCUCCAUGAAUCAGAUUUUAUGUUAUUAUAUGAGUUUUCCAGAACCCUACAACUUUAAAAUUAUAAUGAUUUUAUGAAGGAAAGUAUGCAAGCAUUCAAGUGGCAUUGCCAGGUUUCUAGCUCUGGCUACAGAAAUAUUGUUUACUAUGAUUUGAACAUCGCUUAAUCCAAGCAGAAAGCUGUGGUUGUUUAGUUUAGCCUACUACAGGGUUAAAAACUGUUUUAUGAUUAACAUUUAUUUUCUGUGAUCACAUACUAGAACGCAUGUACAAAAAUCUACAGUUGUGUUGUAACUGAAGUGCUGUCAAACGGUUUUUGUUAGGAAGGGAGGUCAAUAAAGCCAGAUGAUGAAUUUUCAUUGUAUUUACAUUUUUCCCUACUGUGUGGGGCAAUUUUCUAUCUGUGGGGGACCACAACAGCUAAACAAUGCCUCAACUAGGUCACUGUGAGACGUUUCCUCAUCGAAAAACAUUCUCUUUGAACCACUGUCUGCACUAAAUUGGCCUGUUAAGAAAUAGACGCCUGCAGUUUAACCAGAUAGAGCAGCAUUUAAAUGGAGAUGUGGAUUUAUAUGCAUCAGUAAAACACUCUUAGUCUUACUUAACCUUCCACAGUGGGGCUCUUGUGAUGAAUUCAUCCUGCCAAGCCUUGUUGUUUAUGUAGCCCUGCUAGCUCCCACAUGAUUUGUACCGUAGGUUGUGUUAGACUUAAACCUCAUGGGUUUUUGUGGUAAACAUUUCAUAGCCUGGCUCCACAGUUGGAUUUAAUGAAAAAUGUAAGGCAUUAGCAAAAAUUCAUCAUGGGAUCUUUGCGGUGAGUGCAGCACAGCUGAGCUCAACAGUUGGUUUUCAUAGAUUCCACAAAUGGAAGUGAAUCAUCAGCCUGCAUCCAUACGUCCCUGUGUUGGUUUUAUGGGGAAAUGGAGGCCAUGUUGCUGGAAGCAGGCAGUGAUUUUGGGUGUAUUUUAAGUAUAAAUGCUAGCAGGCUACCGCAGUGGGACCAUAUGGGCUCUGGAUGCUGAGUAUGUCAGCGGGGCAGCGUGGGGGAGAAUGUUACACAUUGGCUGUGAAUGUUGAGAUGAGGCCAGUGUUUCACUCACACAGCUCUCAAAUGCCUCUGUACAGUGUUCCCCCUCCUUUCAUCCCUCCAUUCCACCUCCCCCUCUUUCCUCCUCCAAUAAAUGAUCCUUUUGUUUGAGUGUUUUUGCCGCGGUGGGCUGACAAGCUUCAGCAGAGCCAAACCCCAAGACUAGUGGGCUCUCCUGAAACUGUUUUCUCUUGCAGUCCAUGAUUUGUGGCCUUUCAAUCUUGCUUUCUUGAUUCUUUUUUUACCUUAUUUUCCUCUUUAUUGCUGUCUUUGUAUCUUUGUUUUUCCGUUGGACUACUUGUCCUCGCAGUUAUUCCUUCUUCACAGUCUUUGUCCUCAUCCAACAUCUAGGCUGAUGGAUUUUUGAAAUUCCUUUCCCUCCCUUCUGUUAACUACACAUACUGUUGUUCAACAUUUUUUCACCAAAAACUCUCUUGUCUUUACGCCUUUUGUCCUCCUCCCUUUUAACAUUGUGUUUCACUCCAUCCUUUAAACACUUGUAGAGACACUUAAAAAUAGAUUUUAGUACCGCGCUGAGACGUUUUCCAUUUGCUGUAGAGCAGACAGCAACUGGAAAAAGAGACAAAAACAAAAAUGAAAAGAAUACAGAGAUAGUACAUGACAACCAAUCUAUCCGUUACUAUAAACAAAAUACACUUUAGAAACGAUUUAUUAUCUUGUCUGCGUGGAUCCUGUGUGCUUUUUUUAAGAGUUCUGAUCUGCUUUAAUUACAGGGAUUUUUUUCCCCCAACAGGCACCAGCUUGUAUAGGAAAAGAGUGUUGUAUGUCUCAGGGGUGUGUACUUUUGGCACACAGAGCCAAAGGCUAAAUUUGAACAUCAGUAGUGGGACAUGUGCCAAAAACAAUCCUAUUUGACACUGGUUAUAUAAAUGUAAUGUGCAAAAAUAACCUCUCAUGAUUUAGAUUGGGAAAAGCAGGGUGAGCUAACAACGUAACAACGUCUUUUAGAAAUAAAACAAAAUCAAAAUGAAUCGACCCCAACAAACGCCUUGCGUCAGUGUGUCUUUAUGCAGAAAAUAUGAGCGUCUGUGUUGAUGUGUCUGCUUUUUAUGAGCGUCAGGUUCAGCCAAAGUGUGAGACUAUAAUGUGUAUGCUUCACUUAGCUGUGUGGAUCUUUGUGAUGGUGUUUCCCACAUAAAGGAGGAGUGUUGUGACCUUCAGCAGAAUGCAGAAUGAAUGAAUGAAACAUUAGUUUAAGAAAUAGAGAGGAUUUUCAGAACAAAAUGUUAAUUUAAAUUAAAUCAGCCACUACUCCCACAAUCUCCUCCAGGAAAACCAUGUGAGAGAAUUUUAUUAUCCACGCUUCCAGCUGUCCCUUAACUUUAUUUCUUUACCAUCUGGAGGGGGAUGUGUAUGCCAUUCUCAAAAUAACCUGUAGCCCUUUAAAAUUCCUUCCCAGGGACACAUUGCUUCGAGGAAGAAGUUUCUAAUGGGGAGAUCCAUGCACAGCCGCAGUAUAAAAUUUAGCCUAGAUGCAAAAACUACAUCUGUAAAUACAUUUAAUGCCUUUAAAUCUAAGCUAAAUUCCUCAAUCAUGUGAAUAUUGUUGUUGUUCACAGAAGCAGGACUGUUUACAUUUGUUUACUGUUGGCUAAUUGGGCAAAACUCAUGCAUAACUGACCAAUUGGAUCAGUAUCUACAGGGUGUGUGUGUGUGUGUGUGUGUGUGUGUGUGUGCACUCUGUCCUAGUGUCUAUGCAAAUAUUGUCAAGUUGUUACACAGAUAAACGUUAUAAAUAUUGUGUGGUUGUGAGAAAUUCAUUGUCAGUUAGUUGGAUUUUAGUCCAGGAAGGGGUGGGCGAUAUGGAUAGUGAUGUACAUUUUCUGGGAAAUUCAUUUAAGAAGCUGUUUAAAGAUAUAAUAACCAGAUGAAAAGUCAGUUUUUGGUAGGGAUGCACCGAUAUAUAAGCCGAUAUUCGCCUUGUUGACUGCUAUCGGCCUAUCUGCAAAUAGGAUGACAUUCACCGAUGGCAGUGGCUGAUGUUUAUCUGUUGGGUCGCAUCAAUUUUGCGCUGGCUAAAUUUUGUGUUGGUUAUUUGUAUUUGUUGUAUAGCAGGCUAAAAGGCUUUUGAAGCAGUUAUUUUUCAAGAAAAAUAUUUUUUAUGUGGAAGAAGGUUAUAUUAAAGGUUGUUUCAUAAAUUUGUAUGAUUGAAUUUAUGCUCAUUCAAAGAUAGUGUAAUGAAGGGCUGAAUGACUUUAAAACAGUUUAGGAAUUUUUCAAAGAUUUCUUUGUUUCCCUGGUACAAAAGGGGGAAUAAAUAACAACAAAAACAAAAUAAACAACAACAAAAAAAGCUUGGCCUAUUGGCCAAAUUGUUAUUUUAAACAUCAGUAUCAGUGCACCUCUAGUUUUUGGCUAAUGCAGUGAAAUAAAGCAAUGUAAACAUACUGAACAAUGUAUGAAUGAAUAAUAUUCCAAUAUAAAAACCCUUAAAAAUAUGUAUAAGAACUUAUAUCAAUAUAUAUUUUAAACAUACCAGAACUGAAAUGACAACUGAAAUUGAAUUUUAACUGUAAAGAAAUAAAACUAUAUUGACGCUGACCCUCCCAGCAGCACGUCGUUUUAUUGGUAACCCUGCUGGGUUUCUUGGCCCAGUUGGCAGCUGGUUGGCACGUUCCCACCUCCUCAGAGUCUCAGGUCAUGGGGGCCAGGAAGAGGUAAACAUACUUAAAGUCAGUCAGUGGGGCAAACUGGAACUCACACACAACCAAGUCCGUUUAGCAACCAAAUCCUGUCCACCGUAGACAGUAGAAGUAACGUGUAAUUCACUCCCAUUCCCUCCCCGGCUGUCUAUGUUUCUCUGUGAAUGUUGGAAGUGAAAGACGUCACCUUUCUGAAGGGGAUUUAUUGCAGUUAUUUACAUCAGGGAAUGGCAACUUUAUAGAUAAAAAAAAAAAAAAAAGAUUAAAGGAUAAUUCCAUUUUAUUAAAACUGGGUUUUAGUUUCUUUCGGUUAUGAUAGUAUUAUACUCACCAGAAGUAAUUAGUGACGGGAAAAGAAGCAGGAGAAGUCAGAUGAUCAGACAGGUUGCAAACAGGCCAACUUUUUAUCUCUAAUCCACUGUAUUUGGUGUUAAAAAUGAAAGCGAGUGCACUUGAAAUGUCAAUAAUAAUAAUAAUCCACUGCACAGGAAAACAGUGUGCACACAACUACGGUAAGUGCGGUAGGUCAAAGUUAAGGCCGAAAGACAGACCGACAACUGUGAUGGAUGUUUACAACAUUUGGCUUGGGGAGUAAUUUUAAGUUAUGUUGACGUGUUCUCAGAUCUCAGCAAUUAACUUAAUAAUUAAUUCCAUAUGAAUAUUAUUAUCAUUAUUAUUACCGAUAGAAACGAUGGUCAAGGCUACAAGAAAGUCAAGUCAGGAAAAAUAACGUUGUAAUAAAUCAGAACUAUCCUUUAAUUAUAUGAUAAUUAAAUCAUUAAACCAACUGUAUUUAAUGAGUCCAUGUUGUAACAAACAGCACACACAUCCAUUCCUCUGCACAAAACACACACUUUUCCUAAUGCGACUGAUAGGCUUUUCUUGCAGGGUGUGUAAUCCAGGGCAAUACUACUGUAGACUGUUAGACUAACAGCACUAGUAGCGUUAUGUAAAACACAACCACGUGGGUGGGACAUGACCCCCAAAGAGGGUGAGGCUCAGGGCACUGUGUGUGUGUGUGUGUGUGUGUGUGUGUGUGUGUGUGUGUGCGUGUGCGCACUCAGUUGUUUAGCACUGUGACACACAGCUCCACUUAUAUUCAUGCAGAAUGUAAAUGCACACAGAUGUGGAGCCAAAAACAGCUGUGAACAUGUGGAGGACAAAAAACAAGACAACAUUUCUUGUCAGUUGACUAGCGCAUAAAGAAAUAGAAUUUUGAUAUUUUCAGCAGCUUUAUUUUCUAUUAAUUUCACAUUUAUUUAGUGAGUGUGGCCCUUUUGAGAUCAAGGGACACAAUCACGAUCUAAGAGCAUUUAGUUAAAGCCAGAUAAAAGCAAUUUCAUAAUACCAGAUUUUAAUUACUUUAUUAUCUUUUGUAUUCGACUGUUGUAUAAUCCACUGUAUGGGUAUGAAAAACAGGACGAGGUUGGAGGUACACCCCUGCAUCUUGUGAUUACAUAAUCCAUAUUUAGAUGGAAAUUAGCUCAAAUUUCUCCGCAUUGCAAACUCAACCCUCCUUCAUUAGCCUAAUUACAGCAUUACACAACUGAUUUGCCCCCAUGGGAAGACGCAGAACAACCUGUGCAGUUACAUGAGGACAGCAGAGAGGCCUGAAUCCAUUUCCUCGCCAGCUUGAGUAAACAAAAGCCAUAUUUCUCUUUAUCUAAUAUUUUCCCCACACUUUAAAUUUGGAUAAUAUCGCAAAAUUGAUGAGGACAGAAAGCACAGGAUCUUUUUUUGUGGGGUAGUUUAUUUUUCUUAAAGUCAAGGACGUUUAGUUCUCUGAAGUCCGGUUUGCUUUGUUUGGGUGGUCUGUUGAGGGAGUCACCGAGCACACACCGCACAUAGCAACAACUCUGUUUGGGUUUUCAGGGAGUCUUGAAGGUUGUGUGUACAUGUGGGUAUAUUAGAGGACUCAAAGGCUGAGGCUUUUUUCCCACUGAUUUAAAGCACAGACCAUGUGAUGAGGUCACCUGUGUGCGCCGCGGCAGCAGCAUCGUCUCAUUACAAGCCCUGACCAAUUAGGCAAAUCCGAGGGCUAGAGGAGUAAUCUGAGUUAAUAACUAACACACACACACACACACACACAUACAGCAUUGGGACGGAUGAUCAAGCUGUCACACACGCCGCUGCUCACUAUGCAGAAUUCAGUGUGACAUGGCCAGCAACAGUCAGUAGUUCAACAAUACAAAUCUGUAGGGGCAGCUCUUAACAGGAUUUUUCUGCUUUAUUCUGCUAUCAGCUGUGUGUAGAGCUUUCUGCAAACCUGUAUGAGCCAACCGUUUUUCUGUGUGAAAAUAAUGUGCUAAAUAUAUAACAGCCACUGAACAACAGGACGGACACGUAUAAAACAGGUGCUGUAGAGUAGGUUUAGUGUAGUCAGUGAUGUUACAGGUCAAAAUGUAACAGUGUUCAGUUGUUUCAAUGAAGAAAUGCGCACUAACAGUGUGUCGGAGUCGAUUUUUAGAGAAGAAACUUGAGCCUUUGCUUCUAUUGCAUCAAUAUUUUGCAAACAAAAUGCACAAAAGCCUCUCCUCUAACCUUGAUAUUGUACGGUUUAUAUCAGGGCAGUUUUUGUGCAUUCUGACCUUGAGAAUUAACCCGCUGCAAGUCAACAAAUCGAACAUACUGUUGAGUUUUGGCAUGGAUGUUCAUCUAACGAGCCAGCAGCAUAUGAUCUUGGCUUCUGUGACCGACUUAAAAAAAGUAGGUUGGUGUGGGCAUGUUACUUCAGGUACUAGUGAAACGAUGAAAUACGAUCAAGGAGGACUGGUUUGAGUAAUACAUCCAUGAAUCUGAAAGCUUAACAGACAGAUUUUACAACUCCCAGCUCCAAUCAUUUUAUUCUUCAUUUCAGCAAAUACGGCCUUUACUUUAGAAAGUCAUCGACCUGGAAGAGAAUGAAAAGGCUGCGUUGAUUCAUGCAGUGCUAAUGUCGGCCUGAACACGGCCAUAGUGUGCAAACUAUCAGUUUACAAAUAUGACAUUCAGUGACUGAUGACACAACCUUAACCCAUAACACAAAAUCGAUCAAAUAUCAGUUUCAAAAUAAACUGCAUAUUUUAAGAAGGACCAGUGUGAUGUUUAGUAAUACUAUCCAAACAGCACCAGCUGUUACUAAAAAGAAAAAAAUAUCUACCUUAUCUUCUUGAUAGCUUAGUCAUUAGUGGGAUUUUAUGGUGUCAUUUAAAGGAAAAGUUGUAUCUGCCAACACAGGGAAGUGAUGUUAGGACUUGUCAUUGUGUGUGUGUGUGUGUGUGUGUGUGUGUGUGUGUGUGUGUGUGUGUGUGUGUGUGUGUUGACUCAGAUGUUGCCUGAGGUCCACUCUGCCACAGACUAAUCUUCCAUUGACUACAGUGUAAGGGAGAAGAGGAAAUGGGAGGAUUUGGUUCUGCACAAUGAGAGUGUGUGUCUCUGAACACUUGUUGAACCUUCAUACGCCAUCAUCUGUAAUCAGUAUAGAACUAUAACACUGCGCUGUGUUUUUAGAACCUUCUCUUCUGUCUUUGGAUGGAAACUUUUCUGGCUUUGCAGGUUGCAUACGUGUGUGUGCGUAAUAUUUACAAUGACUUCUGCAUAUUUGCUUUCUCACUGUUACUGUUUGCCUCAUUUCAAUAGACAUCAAAAGGCCUUUUCAUAAAGUGUUGUUGACACUCAAAGCUGGACACGCUGGUAAGCGUGGAGAAUGGAUGAGGAUCCUUUUUUCCUCGAGCAAAAGGGGGCGAGGAGAGAUGGAUGUUGAGAAGAAAAGAGUGAAAGAAGGUGUAGAGAGGAAAGACAGGAGAGCGUUUGGGGUGGAGAAAGAGAAAAGUGAUGAUUGACAUUUAUUUGAAUUAAGAUUAUAAAAAAAAACAACUUUUUACCACAAGUGUGUCAUGUGUCUGUUGCCUUGGCGAUUACCAGAUUAUCACCCGCCUGGUUUUGUUUUCCGUCAUUCAUCUUCCCAAGACUUUGACCAGGCUACGCUGCCCAUCUCCCACCACACACACACACUUGGAACUUUCUGCUUGGUGUGAUCUUGCUGAUAGUUGCAGGAAAAUGAUGUGUGCGUGCAUGUGACGUUGAUGGCAUAUUUCACGAGGUCAGGGUGAGAGCAACAUACCUGAGUGGCUUCAUUCUUGAGCUCAUCACAUGAAGUCUGAAGAGGGACAGAUCAGCUGAUUGGAGUGUGUGUUGUGUGUGAGGAUCAGAUCUCAUAUCCAGGCCUGAAUUUAACAUACACAUCCAUCCUUUGCUCUACUCCGCAGGUAUCACUUACAUACUCACGUACACACACGCCUUCCUUAUCUAUUUAUGUUUCAUCACUUGCUGUGUUCAAGCAAAAAGUUAAACAAAGAUGUACACACUUACUGUAAAUUUGAUGAUAAGGUGUUCAGGAAGUCUGAAAACCAAGAACUUGAAGUUACCUGGAAGGAAUGCAGCGACCACAACUCUAAAGAUAACACGCUGCUGUUAGAGGCCAGAAAUGUUUGGCAAUUUUGCUUGAAAAAAAUUGUAUUUUCUGUCAAUCAAUUAAUCAACAAAUCAUAGCUAAAUGUACCAUCUGCUCAUGUUAUUU